UCUCACCCAUUAAGCAUAAAACUUGUACAUAGAUUUACCUCAUUCUUGUUAAUAAUUUCCUCAGAAAUAUGUUUACACCCUAACUGCGAGUCUCAUGCUUUUUUCUUCAUCUGAACUCCCGCACUUGGAUGUGUAUUUUGCAUAUGAAAUCAUUUGCAUACUAGUGUAUGCACAUGUGGAAGAGAUUAACUUGUCUACAUGUCUUAUAUAGUGCCACAUUGACUUGCAAAUUUUGAUAGACGUCAGCUUUUUGUAGGCCUCGGUAGUCUUUUGUACAAAGGCUUCACUUUUUUUCAUCUUUGAUAAAAAAAAAGUCCCCUGUAUCAAGAUGCCACCCGCUGCCAUCUUGCUUUUCUUUCUGUUCUGCCCUGUGGUCUCCACAGUGACUAUUACCUCGGAACGCUCCUCUGUGAAUGGGGGGCCGGUGUUGCUUCUGUUGCGAGGACGUGGCCGCAAGGUCCCUCAGCCUGACAUGCGGGACAAGGAGGCUGCUGCAAUGGCGGCAGAGCCAGAGGCAGCCGAGAUCCCUCCAAGACCCCUGCCGCAGAUUAUGCUACCCCGCAAUGUAACAGCCGAUGCCCUGAAGCCCCCGCUGGGAGCCGCACAGGUGGCGCCUCCACCUCGGCGACUGGUGGACGUGGACGUGUGUCAGGGCUACUACGACGUGAUGGGACAGUUCGACAACACUUUCAACUGCACCAGGGGCACCUACAUAUACUGCUGUGGCACCUGCCAUUAUCGCUUCUGCUGUGAGCACCAGCGCAGCCGUCUAGACCAAGACUCCUGCAAUAAUUACCGCUCACCUGACUGGGCCGUCACGACGGGACCCGUCACUCAUCCCCCGGUCCGACACGACCCAGAUUUCGACCCGCUGCAGCAACAGAGCAACAGCACGGCUUACGUCAUUGGGGGAGUCAUCUCUUUUACCAUGGCUGUGGCCAUUGGGAUUAAAGUGGCCUUCCAUAAACUGUCUCGACGACCGAGGAAUAGAGACAUCAACAUGCCUAGAGCGCUGGUGGACAUUCUGCGUCACCAGUCUAGUCCGGUCCAGCAAGGAGAGAGGAACAACAGCACGGUCCUAACAACCGCCACCUCCAGUGAGGGCACACUGGGGCGGCCAUUGAAAAACUUCUACACUCCUGCCCUCCAGAGCAAAGAUAACCGAACUGGGAAACACAGUUUUGGCCAGACUGGGUCCAGUCCUAAACACACAACUACAAUGGAGCGAGUUCAACGCAUGAACAACACCCAGUUGGUCUCCACAGGAACACUGAUGUCCAGCAAGCACAAUAAUUCUGGCUUUCACCCCUCCUUCUCUCACUCCUUCCACAACCUUGCCCAGCUACCUCCAUCAUACGAGACAGCCAUGAAACCAGAGCUUAACCGCUACAGCUCCCUCAAGAGACUAGAAAAAAACCUGGAUGAAUAUUCCGGAUAUUACACCUCCAAGCGAAGGCCAAACAACGCCCAACCCAGCUUCCACUCCUCCCAGCACCACCUGCCCUGGGGCGGUGACUUCACACUGGGUGCCCGGGGAACCCUACCGCUAAACAUGUCCCGCACGCGCAUCCAUGUGCCCAGUUCCACUUCCACCCCCAACCCCUACCCUUUACCCCAGACACAGUACAACCCCACCUUUGACACAAUGAGUAAACCGCCUCGCCGGGUGAUGUCCCAAGACCAGCUUCUGGCACUGGGGGAGGGGAACACUCUCUCACGCCUCUCCAAGAACCAGCAGCAUCAGUAUUACAAACCCAUGACCACCAGCAAGAGCUCCAAUACCCAGACUUUGCGCAAGUCUCACGAACGCCUCCUGGUGUCGCCAGACCGCCUGGAAGAGCGAAUGAUGGCCGAUUAUAGCGGGAUGGUGUCCACCGCGUCCCGUCUCUCCUACCACCAGAAAGCGCAAUCCCAGCAGAACGUGUGCGUGACGCCCUCACUCGACCGCCAUCACAUGAUCAAAAUGAAUUCGCACCCUACCUCCGGCCGCGAGCAAGACCACACGGUCGCUGGAAUGUCGUCGGGUCACGGGGCUGGGACUUUGGGAUGGGGGGACGUCCACGGCUCCGGAGGAGGGCCUGGAGCGAUGGCGCACAGCGCUCGCCGGAUGGCCUUCGCCAACAAACGCCAGAACACCAUCGAACAGCUGCACUUCCUCCCCGGAGGAGGUGGGGGAGGGGGCGGGGGUGGAGGUCAGGCGCUGAGGACGGGGAGCAAGAACGAAGUAACCGUGUGAGCGCAAAAAGAAAGACGGAAGAUGGUAAGGAGAUGGAUAAAUGAGGUGUGAUUGCGCAAGCCGAAGGAAGGGGAGAAAAAAAAGGCAGAAGA